UGAAAAAAAGGAAAAGUAACUCAAGAAAGGAAAAAACUCAUGGUGGUGGUACACGGUCGGAAGGAGGGGGGACUCUAUUUUGCUAUUAAUCGGAUCGUCGAGAUUUUGUGACCACAGACUGCACCUGAUAAGCUGUCGGCUGACUUCUUCUGGAAGGUACUGCGUGUAUUUCCAAGUUGGAUUUAACCGACUACAGCAGCGGUGAAGUGCUCGGGAGAUUUGGACGAUAUGCAGCGCUCGGCUUGAGACACCAAGGCUGGAGUUUUUCGGCACCAUCCCUGCGGGUCUUAACUUAUUCGCUACAUCUUCAACUUUGUAGUGGACAUUUUACAACACCGUCAGGUCACUGUUUUACCGGUUAGCUAAGUUUUAAACAGUGUUUGCUGCUGCUCCGUUGAUCAACAGUUAUUUUGAAAGCGCACUGUGUCCUUUAAAAUGCUGUUGCAUGUUCUCAAACAUGUCACCAAAAACAGCUAGCUUAUCGAGAAAGUAGUUUAUAGCCUGUUAAGAAAACACUCUUAAAACUUAACUUUAACUUCAGGCCACGUACAAGUUCACCGUAGCCUACUUUUUGCUGGUUAAUCUGUGAAUCACCUUUGAUUUUUAGCCCGCGUCGGACACCAGAGGAGAAAGUUGGACUGGAAACUUGUGUCCUAAAUGACUGUUACUGGGAUGGAAAAGGUUUUUACCACACCACAGCUGUUUGUGCUAGCCUCCGUGGCACAAGAAGACAGUUAAUGUGCCGUAAGAGGCGUCCAGUUUCUCCGAAGCUACAUUAAUAUUACAGUUUGUGGGUGCGAGGAGAGAGCUCAGCGGCCGCGCUAUUAAAACUGGAUACAAAAUGGCGGCGUCCCUGGGACGAUUUGGAUAUGUUUCUCGGUGUCUUUUUUAUUUAAUUUUGUCGCUCGGACUGUUUAUCAGUAGUGGAUUGAGCUCAGACUUGCCGUGUGCCCAGAACUGUACCUGCAACGGAGAUUCAGUGGACUGUAGUAACCUGGAGCUGACAGCUACGCCUCUGGACCUUCCAGUCCGGACUGUUUCCUUAAAUCUUGGCCACAACAAGCUGACCACCAUUAAUAUUGAAGCUUUUGAAAAUCUUCCCAACUUGAGAGAGCUGCGGCUGGACCACAAUGAGCUGACCUCCAUACCAGAUUUAGGACAGGCUGCUUCCAAGAUUGUAUCUCUCUACCUACAUCAUAAUAAGAUCCGCACUGUAGACGGCAGGCGUACCAGAGAGCUGGCUUCUGUGGAAACCCUGGACCUGAGCAACAAUGACAUCACCGAGCUUCGAGGGCACUGCUUUCCUGCAGGCCUCCAAAUCAGAGACCUGUACCUGAGCAGCAACAAGAUCAGCACGUUGGAGCUUGGAGCUCUGGACCACCUGGGUUCUACUUUACAGGUCCUGAGACUGAGCCGAAACCGCAUCAGCCAGAUCCCCGUGAGAGCCUUCCAGCUCCCGAGGCUCACCCAGCUUGAGCUGAACAGGAACCGUAUUCGUCAGGUGGAGGGUCUGACCUUCCAGGGUCUGUCCAGCUUGGAGGUACUCAAGCUGCAAAGAAACAGCAUCAGCAAGCUGACUGAUGGGGCCUUCUGGGACCUGGCCAAGAUGAAAGUCCUUCACUUGGACUACAACAGCCUGACAGAGGUGAACAGUGGCUCCCUGUACGGCCUUACGUCCCUUCAGCAGUUAUUCCUCAGUAACAACUCUAUAGCCCGCAUCAACCCUGACGGAUGGAAGUUCUGCCAGAAGCUAAGGGAACUGAAUCUGUCGUAUAACAACUUGACUCGUCUGGAUGAGGGCAGUCUAGCUGUGCUGGGGGAUCUCCACACUCUCCGUCUGGGCCACAACUCCAUCAGCCACAUCACCGAGGGAGCCUUCAGAGGCCUCAAGGCCGUACGCAUCCUGGAGCUGGACCAUAAUGACAUCUCAGGCACAAUAGAGGACACCAACGGGGCCUUCUCUGGAUUGGACAGCCUCAACAAGCUGACUCUGUUUGGAAACAAGAUCAAGUCGGUCGCCAAGAAAGCCUUCUCUGGCCUGGAGACCCUGGAACACCUGAACUUGGGAGAGAAUGCUAUUCGUUCCAUCCAGCCCGAUGCCUUCAGUAAAAUGAAGAACCUCAAAACCCUUCUCAUUCAGAGUGACAGCUUCCUGUGUGACUGCCAGCUCCACUGGCUUCCCGACUGGUUGGUGGCACGUGGUCUGCAGGCUGGUGUCAAUGCCACCUGCGCCCACCCGGAGAGCCUGAAGGGCACUAGCAUCUUCCAGGCUCCGUCCAACAGCUUUGUGUGCGACGACCUUCCAAAGCCCCAAAUCACCGUGCAGCCGGAAACCUCAGUGACGGUCCUUGGUAGUGAUGUGCGUCUCACGUGUACGGCAGCGAGCAGCAGCUCCUCCCCCAUGACCUUUGCAUGGCGUAAGGACCAGGAGCUGCUUCGCCACGCUGAGACAGAGAACUACGCCCACGUGCGCGCUGACGACCAAGGCACAACACCUGAAGCGCCAGGCGCAGGCGGAGGUGUGAUGGAGUACACCACCAUCCUGCACCUGCGGCAUGUCACCUUUGCACACGAGGGCCGUUACCAGUGCAUCAUCACCAACCACUUUGGCUCCACCUACUCCAGCAAGGCCCGUCUUAUCGUUAAUGUUCUCCCAUCCUUUGUGAAGACUCCCAGGGACAGCACCAUCAGGACGGGCCACACAGCGAGGCUGGAGUGCGCCGCUGAGGGGCACCCAGCACCACAGAUCGCCUGGCAGAAGGACGGAGGCACGGAUUUCCCCGCUGCCCGGGAGCGCCGAAUGCACGUCAUGCCUGAUGACGAUGUGUUCUUCAUCAUGGACGUCAAGCCGGAGGACAUGGGCGUGUACAGCUGCACUGCCAAAAACACAGCGGGCACCGUCUCUGCCAACGCCACCCUCACCGUGCUGGAAACACCCCAUCUCGCCCAGGACUUGGAGGACCGCAGCGUGGUGGUCGGCGACACGGUGGCCCUGCAGUGUAAGGCGCUGGGCAGUCCUCCACCCCGCAUCACCUGGCUGCGAAACGACCAGCCGCUGCGCCCCUCCGACAGACACCACUUCACCCCGGGGAACCAGCUGCUGGUCAUCGGCUCUGCCUCGCUGGAAGACGCCGGCCGCUACACCUGCCUCAUGUCCAACACCCUGGGCACGGAGCGCGCUCACAGCCAGCUGGUGGUAACUCGGCGACGCAGCGCCUGCACACCCCCAGCGGGGCCGAGCACGGUCACUAUAGGGAUCAUAGUCAUCGCUGUGGUGACGAGUAUUGUGGUGACGUCGUUGGUGUGGGUGUGCAUCAUCUACCAGACCAGGAAGAAGAGCGAGGAGUGCAGUGUCACUAAUACAGAUGAGACGAUAGUUCCUCCAGACGUACCCAGCUACCUCUCCUCCCAGGGCACACUGUCAGAGCGGCAGGAUGUGUGUAUCCGCGUGGAGGCCGGCGGUGGAUCUCAGCCCAACGGACACAUCGUAGACACCGCAGGUUUCGACGGCGCAGUAGUGUGUACAGAUUGCAUGGAGAACGGAAGCAGCUACUCCAAAGACUCUGACUACCUGACACACGGAUUCGGCCACACUGGAGGGAUAGAGUACCAGCAACACUCACUCCCCCCACCCCACUCUCACUGUCAUCCAGGGGAGCUGCAUGACGCGGGGCCACACUCAACCCCGCUCUGCAACGGGACACCCAACGGAAUCAGAAAGGACCUUCAAGGAUCCACGUUUCCUAAAAACCACAAUACGUUACAGCUGAACCAGCACGAUAGAAAAGUGAGCAGAGCGGGACAGACGCCGGCGUGCUCCCCGUCACAAGAGGACUCCUUCCACAAGCCAGUGAAGCUGGCCGGCGUGAUGAGCCGCGGCCGUCUGGACAGUGACUGUGAGCCUGAGCUCAGGCAGACUCUGCUGUCCAAUGGACACACCCUCAGAGCCUCUCAGAAUGAGAGUGCCCCCCUAAGGAGAGCCAGCGACUAGCAGGCGCUCCAUCCAGCCCAAAAGUGGACUCACAGUAGCUGAGAGGACUUUUUAAAACAAAAUUUUUGCACUGGGAAAUAAACUGCUACCUCAUAUCGAGGCGAUUGAUCCUGAGCCUCCUGGAUCUGGACUGAAUGGGAGCACCAGGAGGGUGAGAGGCAGGGGGCAUCCGGAGUUUGAAGGUGGAGCUUGUGUGGGUGGCGUCCCAUCUGAGCGUUAUCAGCUGUACAUAGUUAAAAACCUUCCUUUGGGAGGUGACCAAUAAAAAAUUCUAGCUCCAAAAAAUGUGACUUGCAUUUGAAGCAUGUAAAUGUAGGGAAUCUUGUACAGUGUAUGUAUGUGCAGGGGGAAAAAAGAAAUAUACCUUUGGACAUUUGACUGUACAUAAGAGUUUUCUUAUAUUAUAUAUUAUAUAACUUUUACAAAAGAGUAUUUGAAUUUAUGUGCAUGACAAAGAAAGGAGUGAUGGUAUUUUUAUUUUUCUUCAAAAACAAAAACAAAAAAACAGUCUUUUUCAGCUUUUACCAACGUUCAGCUGCGGUGCCUUAAUGCAUGAUCAAAGAAAACUCAUCUUGUAAUAGCAUUUAUCAAGAGACUUUUUGUGAGAGAUACUGGUACACUCUUUAUAGCAAACAAAACAAACACUUGAUUGCACUUGAAUGUUUUUUUUUUUUUUUUCCUUUUGACAAACGCUGCCAACCUUGGCCUUACAGAAACACAGUUCACAUUCAUGUUAACGUAUGAAGGAAGAGCUUUGAUGUCAAUUACUUUUGGUACAUCAUGGGAUGUUUGCAGGCGGUCAGUUAAAGCACUUUUUUUGUAUCCACGUCAUAAACAAGCAGAUUGUGUACAUGAUAUCUGGCAACAGGAAUGCAGCAUCCUCCUCUACACGAGGAGACAUUCCACUUAUUUUCACACGGUAAAGUCGACAGUAUGUACUGUACCAUUAAGGCUCUUCCACCUGUUUCACAAUACAAGUUACUGCGAAGCUGCUCCGAUGUCGUCAGGAGAAAAUAUUCUUCUCUUUACUCUGAUUAGUUUCUUUAUUUGUCCAAGAAAGUGACUUUGGCACAUGUUCGCAACCAAAUGUGGUCAAACUCUGGCCAACAGCUGCUUUUAUAAGCUGUAAAAGCCAGUAAUGAUCUCUCAGUAUGGACGCGGGACACCUGCCAUGUGGUCUUGGUCACAUCCAUUACGAAACACAGCUACGUGCGCUCAAGCACUGACAUUUAAUUGGCUGAAUGCUUAAUUAUACCAUUCUUAUGCUAUGAAUUUACGAAAAGAUUGAGAAUCAGGGAGAAUGAUGUUUUAUUGUGUUACUGCUGUAAUGUGCCUCAACAUCCACCGUUGUGCAUUUGCAGGCAAACGGCCAGUAUUCUGCCUCUGUCACAUCCCCCCCACAGUGAAACAAUAACUUUCUCGUCAUCGCUACAGUUGAAUAAUGUCUGAGGUAAUCAAAGGUUCAUGCUGUGAACAGUUGGGAAGCUUGUGAAAUAACCAAACUUUGAGGAUUAAUGCAGUCAGACGCUCCCCGGACUGUCACAAUCCCUGGAUACACUGGGUCAGGAUUCAGUCAAAGUAGUUACAUUGUCUAAUGUAUGCAUGCGUUUCGCCCUCGUCUGAACUGCGUUCUGUUACCAGUGGCCUUAUCAAGGUAAACCGGAGGACACGCUCCUCUGGUUACACCUGAUAGCACCUAUCAGAGAUGAUUUUACCAGCAUGACCAAUCACAGAUCCCUGCUGGAAAACCAAUCCCAGUGUAGCAGGUAAAAGGGACAAGAGGGAGAGAGGUGCAGUUCAAUGUUCUCAGUAAUUUAUUGAAACAAAACUGUCCGAAAACCGUUGUACCAAUGUCAAAGCUGAAACCGUGAAGUGUCUAACAUGGCAUUGAAGUGUCUAAUAAAAUCACAUUUUGCUAUUAU